GGAAACACGAAACACUUAGCCUUGAACAGUUUGUCACAGGAGCCCAUGUUCUACAAAUCUUGUAGUCGUGAUUUAGUCUGGGGACCUGUACCGUUACCGGCAUGCUUUUAGUCCCCGGUUCCGCACGCUUGUGGAGCUUGUUUCGAGACCCGAAUUUUUUCAGUACUUUUGUCUUAUACGCCGAUGUCCUACUUCUCAUUCUGUCAUUCUUUCUUCUCAAGUGAUUUAUAACUCCCUCAGUUUCAAGGAUCCAGAUGUCACAAGAGAAUAAUCAAGAGAAGAAGAAGAAGCAAGCACCAGGCGGGUACAUUGGGUUUGUAGCCGGUGUCUUCUCUGGAAUUGCUAAGAAUGCCGUGGGUCAUCCGUUCGAUACCAUCAAAGUGAGACUCCAGACAGACUCCACUAGGUUCACGGGUCCAUUGGACUGUUGUUAUAAAACUUUGAAGACUCAAGGUAUAAAGGGAUUCUAUCUGGGAUUUACACCUCCGCUGUUUGGGUGGAUCAUGAUGGAUUCCGUUAUGCUUGGCUCAUUACAUAACUACAGACGACUGAUCAAGCGUCAUUUCUAUUCUGAUGAGCCAAAACUGGAUCUAAAGGGACACAUAUUUGCGGGAGUGUUGGCAGGCUGGACCGUUUCAUUCAUUGCUGCUCCUGUGGAGCUUGCCAAAGUGAAGUUACAAGUGCAAUAUGGUGCAAAGAAUAACAGAUACAGUGGUCCAAUCAGUGUCAUUAAGGAUGUCUACAAGCAACACGGAUUGGGUAUCAACGGAUUGUACAAAGGUUUGAUCUCAACUCUGAUCUUUAGAACGAACUUCAUCACUUGGUGGGGAACUUACGAGGUCUUCACCAACCUGAUGAAGGAUCAUACCUCAAUGUCAGACUUUGCGAUAAACUUCUGGGCUGGUGGACUCAGUGCUUCAUGCUUUUGGAUAACGGCAUAUCCAAGUGACGUCGUUAAGUCAUAUUUACUUGCAAAUGACAAAUUUGACGGCUCCUUUAAGAGUUGGAAAUUGGCAACUAAAGAGAUAUAUCAAAACAAAGGUUGGAGAGGUUUUACAAAGGGGUUUGUUCCUUCGAUAUUAAGAUCGUUCCCUGCAAACGCCGCAGCCUUAGCAGCAUUCGAAGCUGUUCUUAGAGCAACAGGUGCUUCUUCUUCAUAGAUUAUUAGUAAUGUAUAUAUACAUACAGCCAUGAACACUCUUCAAAUCACUGUAGCAUCUGUUGUGUCUUCCUUGUUAGUCUGUUCCUCGUUAUCUUCAUCCGGUUUCGGUUCGUUUUCUUUGGCGAUUUCCCAUGGUUUCUUUCUCUGUGAAGACUUGCUCUCACUACCUUGGCCUUCGAGCACUGUGUCUGGUAUCUGUUUUAUACCGGGAAUCUCAUUCUCCCUGCCACUCAUAAUAAGCUCAACAACCUUUUGGUAAUCGUUAGAAUACCCAGGCUCGGGAUUUUGGCUCUUCUUCCACUCUUGAUAAUCUUCAAUGUUGAGGAUAUUACCAGUCUCCUUACUGAAAUAGAAUGUC